AUGGAAACUGUCGACAACGACAAGCCUAGGCCGAUUGCGCCACCAGAGCUGGAGCCCAUAUCGCCAGCACUCUCAUCGGCUGUUGCUCCCAAACCUUCUACUUCGAGGGCUGCAUCACCAAAUCAUGCACCAACUCCAGAUUCUACUUCCACCCGUGCUAUUGCUGUUGAGAUAAAGAGUCCAGCAGCUCCUGAUAGUGCGAUUGCAAUUGCGACUGAUCCUCCUGCUGCUCCCUCGGCAUCUGAACCCCGAGCCGCAACGCCAACCAUGCCGCAGUCACCACUGCAAUCAUCAUCAGCAGUAGCGGCAGCAGCAACAGCAUCGGAUUCAGCUUCGGUUAUCAAGGACCACGCACCAUCACCAUCUGUGCCCUCGACAAGUACUGUGAAUGGAAAAUCACCAGUAAUUGCCGCCGCAAGUCCUCCUACCGUCGCCGCCGCCGCUGUCGCUGUCGCUGUCAGAAGUCCAUCCCCAAGGCAAGUUAAAUUAUGA